GACGCUUUGGAUUUUCCCUGAGACGGAGAAGAAAGCCUUACAUUUCACCUUAAGGUUUUAUCAGUAAUUAUUUAUUGUAGCGUGUACUGUACCUCAUAGUAUUUACAUCCUGCAAAGGUCUGACGUGCUGUCAAGUUACUCUUCGUCUUGAUUGAGUUCCAGAAAAAAGCCCUUACAACUUCUUGAAAGGAUGUCCAGCAAGAAGCGAAAACCUAACUGGACAGACCAGGAGUGUCUUCUUCUUGCUCAGUUAAUGCAGGAGAGAAAAGACAUAAUCAGAGGGAAGUGCUGCACUGGAGUUUCAAUACAGGAUAAAAGACAAGCCUGGGAGGAAAUAUCCCAAGCCAUCAACACUGCGUUUCCACAGAUUCAGCGUACAGUUUCUGACUGUAACAAAAAGUGGGAAAAUCUGCUGGCAAAGUCAAGGGAGGAGAUCAAACGACAGAGAAGGCAAGCGGGCAUAGAGGGCCUGUCUCUUGAACAGUUCGGUACUGUGACUCAAGUAGUGAUUUCUGUGAUGAACCUGUCAGACAUGUUGCAACAGGAUAGGAAAGACUCUUCAGUCUCAGAGUUGGUGGAAACUCAACUAAACAGCUGUGAUGAAAAUGGAAAUGAGCACACAAUAGAUGAAAGAUUCUCAAACAAACAUCCACUGAGAGAGCUUGAACUCCCGGCAUAUCCAGAUCCAUCCACUUCUCCAGCAAAACAAAAAACGGCAGCAUCCACUGACGUCCCUAAAUCACUCGCAGUGCAUUUUAGUGCACAUCGUGCUGCUGGCUUUGCUGCUUCCUCAGAACACCUAGAUACCCCCUGCUCUACUUCCUCACUGCAAAACUUUGCUGAGCGAAUGGAUUUGGAAAUGUCUGUGCUGAGAAGACAAGAGGCAGUCCUCAAGCUGCAAGAGGAAUAUUACACACUAAAAAUUGAGCUGAUGAAAAAGAAAAUGGAAGAGCCACUUUCAAAGGACUGAAGUAGCUGUAGAGAACGACCUGUUGCACCUGUUUGUGACUUUGUGCCUGCCUCUGAAAUGUGUACAUUCAUGUCAACGAAUAUUCAAGCAAUAUUAAUAAUUUAUAUCUGUAAUGUUUUUUGUAUAGUGAAAUACUAAAACAGCACAUUUGAUUUAGUUGGAUACACAUUCCAUACUCUAUAGACUGAGAAAUAUUGAUUAGGUUUGUCUGGUCACACUUCACAAUGCCACAGCCAAGCAUUUAUAGCAAAUUUGCUUUUUGAUCCUUGCUUUUUGGUCAGCUCUUCCUUUCAUUGUGAAAAAGAAUUUGCCGAUCGUUUCACCCUUCUGAUGAUGUCUUGUAAUACAAGUCUGCUGUCCCAUCAUUUCAGUAAAACUGUAUUUAUUAGUUAAUUUUCAUCCUUGUUUUUCCCCAAUUUGUGAUGGUCAAAGACCUUUUUUUACAGCUGACAUUUUGACUUAUUAUAACAGGAACAGCACAGGUGUAACUUAUAACAUUAAUUAUGACACCAUACCAUUGAAGUGUCCCUGUAAACCCAGGGAGCCACCAUACACAGUACCAUGAGCCUGGAAAAAUUGCAUUAAUAUCUGAAGUAUUCCCUUUGUCACUGCAAACUCCACUGUUGGCUAGUAUGG